AUACGAAGGUAGUGGCCACGGUGAGUUGUUAUAGUAAGCGUCAGUUACGUUAUAUCUCGCUCAAUAACGCGUUAGAUAAAACUAUAUAUAUUGUAUCGUUGGAGAUAAAAAGUAAAAAUAAAAAGAAAAGCUGUUUCUUUCUUCUCAGAAAAGAUGCGGUGAAAUUUGGCGCGUCAGCGAGAGAGAGAGAGAGAGAGAGAGAUACUCCUCGCAAAAUCGGCCAUUUUGACAGCGUUGAGAAAUACCUGCAGGAAAAACGACUAAGAUCUCGUUUCUGUGGCAGUUACCCUCGAGGAUUGCGCGCGUGAGGAGGCGGCGGUGGUAGUGGUAUUGGUGUGCGUGCUGGUGCUGCUGCUACUGCUGCUAUUAUUGCUGUUUCUACUGCUAGUAUUAAUACUGUUACCGAAGGUAGUGUCGAUUCUGUGUCACAAUCAUCGGACAAGAGUAACCAUAAUAAGAUCUCAAUCAAGAAGAUCAUCGUAUUCCUAAACGUGGAGUGAAUUCGUACGACGACCUUCAGGCAGAAAAAAUGGCUGGAAAUAUGGGUAUGGAACAACUGAUCCCGAUCGUGAACAAGCUGCAAGAUGCAUUCACGCAACUCGGGGUCCACAUGCAGCUUGAUUUACCACAAAUCGCGGUAGUGGGCGGUCAGAGUGCGGGAAAAAGUUCUGUGCUCGAAAACUUUGUUGGCAAGGAUUUCUUACCAAGAGGUUCUGGUAUUGUAACUAGAAGACCACUCAUCUUACAAUUGAUUAAUAGCACUACGGAAUUUGCAGAAUUUUUGCAUUGUAAAGGCAAGAAGUUUGUGGACUUUGAUGAAGUACGAAAAGAAAUAGAAUCUGAAACAGAUAGAGUAACAGGCAGUAAUAAGGGUAUUUCUAAUAUACCUAUAAAUUUAAGAGUAUAUUCACCUAAUGUUCUCAAUCUUACAUUGAUUGAUCUACCUGGUCUUACAAAAGUACCAAUUGGAGAUCAACCAGCUGAUAUAGAAGCUCAAAUUAAAGCAAUGAUUUUUCAAUUCAUUAGAAGAGAAAAUUGUCUUAUAUUGGCAGUUACACCAGCUAAUACUGACUUGGCAAACAGUGAUGCUUUAAAACUUGCUAAAGAAGUUGAUAUACAAGGUGUACGUACCAUCGGAGUUAUUACUAAAUUGGAUCUUAUGGAUGAUGGGACUGAUGCUAGAGAUAUCUUGGAGAAUAAGCUGUUACCUUUACGAAGAGGCUACAUAGGUGUUGUUAAUAGAAGUCAAAAAGAUAUUGAAGGGCGUAAGGAUAUAAAAAAUGCUUUGGCAGCUGAAAGAAAAUUUUUUCUUAGCCAUCCAUCUUAUCGACACUUAGCAGAUAGAUUGGGUACACCUUAUCUGCAACGAGUUCUAAAUCAACAGCUUACAAAUCACAUCAGGGAUACCCUUCCUGCCUUACGAGAUAGACUACAAAAACAGCUUCUUACACUGGAAAAAGAUGUUGAACAAUAUAAACAUUUUAGACCGGAUGAUCCUGCUAUUAAGACAAAGGCUAUGUUACAGAUGAUACAACAACUUCAGUCAGAUUUUGAACGGACUAUAGAAGGUUCUGGUUCAGCGCAAAUUAACACAAAUGAACUUAGUGGUGGAGCAAAAAUAAAUAGAUUAUUUCACGAACGUUUUCCAUUUGAAAUUGUUAAAAUGGAAUUUGACGAAAAAGAACUCAGAAGAGAAAUUGCUUUUGCUAUCAGAAAUAUUCAUGGUAUUAGGGUAGGAUUAUUCACGCCAGAUAUGGCCUUUGAGGCAAUAGUCAAAAAGCAAAUUAACAGGCUAAAAGAGCCUAGCCUAAAAUGUGUGGACCUAGUCGUACAAGAACUUAGUAAUGUUGUUCGUAUUUGUACAGAUAGGAUGUCACGUUAUCCUAGAUUAAGAGAAGAAACAGAACGUAUUAUAACUACUCACGUUCGACAACGUGAACAAAUGUGUAAAGAGCAACUAGUACUUUUAGUGGAUUGUGAGCUUGCAUACAUGAAUACGAAUCAUGAAGAUUUUAUUGGUUUUGCCAACGCGGCGGCCAGUAGCCAUAAUGCAAGUGCUCAGCAAUCAUCAGAAAAUGCAGUUAAGGCUGGACGACAUACUUUAGGCAACCAAGUAAUACGUAAAGGUUACAUGUGUAUUCAUAAUCUUGGUAUUAUGAAAGGAGGAUCCAAAGACUACUGGUUUGUUUUGACCGCCGAAAGUAUUUCUUGGUUCAAAGAUGAAGAGGAACGCGAAAAGAAAUAUAUGCUACCUCUUGAUGGUUUGAAACUGCGCGAUUUAGAACAAGGCUUCAUGUCUCGACGACAUCUUUUUGCAUUAUUUAAUCCUGAAGGAAGGAACGUUUAUAAAGAUUCUAAACAACUUGAAUUAAGUUGUGAAACACAGGAUGAUGUUGAUUCUUGGAAGGCUUCUUUACUCAGAGCUGGAGUAUAUCCUGAGAAAUCAACAGAGCAAGCAAAUGGUGAAGGAGAGGAAGGAUAUGAGGGUGGUACAGAAGGUCAAUCUUCAAUGGAUCCUCAGUUAGAACGUCAAGUGGAGACAAUUAGGAAUCUAGUAGAUUCUUACAUGAAAAUUGUUACAAAAACUACCCGUGAUCUUGUUCCAAAGACAAUUAUGCAUCUCAUCAUUAAUAAUGCAAAAGACUUUAUUAAUGGAGAAUUAUUGGCACAUCUUUAUGCAAGUGGUGAUCAGGCAUCUAUGAUGGAAGAGUCUCCUGAAGAAGCACAGAAAAGAGAAGAAAUGUUACGCAUGUAUCAUGCAUGUAAGGAAGCUCUUCGCAUUAUUGGAGAUGUUUCAAUGGCUACAGUAUCAACGCCAGUACCACCACCAGUGAAGAAUGAUUGGUUGGCUUCUGGAGAAAAUCCAAGGUUAUCGCCACCAUCUCCUGGUGGGCCAAGACGUGGAGUGACACAGCCACCACCUCUUUCUAGUUCACGAGUACCACCUCCUGUUCCUGCCACUGGGCGGCCAGCACCGGCAAUUCCUAAUCGACCUGGACCUGGUGGACCACCACCAGCGCGAGCUAAUCCAGGCCUACCACCACCACUUAUUCCAUCUCGAGGGGGUGGCCUUCAGCAGAGGGUGACACAGGCUGCGACUCAGGCCGCUGCUAAUGCCGCUGUGAACGAGCUGAUGGACGCGUUCAGGAUCAAGCGUCCCGUACCUAAUAUUCCUCCCCGUAUUCCUGAUAGACCGUAUUCCGGCCGACUAAACUGAGAUAACGCAACGUCAACAAAGGACAUCGUUGCAGUUGCGUUCAAGGAGAGAAGGGCAAAUCCUCUCCCAUGGACCACAACAAGAAUGGAUAGAACUAUUUGAUGACGAAACGAAAACAAAUAUGAAGAAGAUACGAUGAACCAACAGCUUCCAAUGGAUACGUAAACGCAAUUGUUAUCAAGGUUACACAUAUGUACUACCCUCUCCUCCGGAUCAUCGAAUUGGUAAACACAGGUUUCGUUAUUGCGUACUUCCAAAGGAUAGGAGGAAAUGUCAGGAGUCGUUGGAGAACGAUCAGUAUUAUUAAUAGCGUUGAAUAAUCGAAGACGAAUCGAACGUAACUCAUUUCUUUCUUUAAUAUCAAGAUAUAAUCCAAAUGACAAUCGUACGUACUUUCUUUCUCUUUUUCAUUUCGUUUUGUUUGUUUGAUUCUUUUUCUUUUUCCUUACUAAUAUUGGUAUUUAUUAUCAAUGAUAUUGUAUCUUAUUUAUAAGAUCACAAUAACGCGUUUCUUUAUUCGCAGUAGAUGUUUCUCUUUCCCCUGAGAUACAUAUAUAGGUCCAGUAAAAUGUGUGAUUUUUCUUUCUUUUCUUUUAUAUAUAUAUAUAUACAAAAAAAAUAUGCAGAGAGAGAGAGAAGAGUAACUCGAUUAUACCUCGAUUACCUCGAUAUUAGAAACGUGUUUUUAGGAAGGUUUUCUUCCUUUGGUGCUACGGAGGAUAAUAAAUAGCAAAGAGAAGCGAGCACCAGCAGCAUUCCAAAACACAUUUAUUGUCGAAAUAGAACUUCAACCUUGAAGACACUACUCUCUUUCCGUUUUUUCCAUCCCGUGCUAAUUUAUUUAACUUGAAACUUCGUAUCGAUGCCAUUUUAGUAUCUUUCUUUUAAGCUUCGAUUAAGAUAAGAUAAUUUAGAUAAUUUGUAUAGAAACAACGAAUUUAGAACAAAUUCAACGGCGGUGUGAUACAUAAUAGAUUAUUUUAAGUAUAUUUGAAUUUUAGCCUUAUUUUUUUUUUUUUUUACUUGCAGUAUGCGCAACGUUGAUACUUUGUAUGUAUUUUUUAUUUGUUAUUGUUAUAUCUUAAUAUUAAUUCGUGGCGGCUGUUUGUGUCUGUAUGUGUGUUUUUUGUAUUGGAGGGGGUGAGUGUUUGUACGUAUGUAUGUGUGUGUGCAUAUAUAUAUAUAUAUAGCACAUAUAUAAGCAAGUAAAACGCCAAAUAAAUUGUCGUGCGUUACCGGAUAAGAUUCAUUAAAUAAGUAAAAAAAAAACGUUGAAGUGGAUGGUUGUGUAUAUAGUCAUUCAAUUAAUAGUAUUACAUGUACGUACAUAUGUACGUAACACGUGCUAAGAAAAAAUUUUGUAUUAUGAAAUUUUGGAAAGCUGAUCCAUUGAAAAGCGACACUGACUGACGACAAAUGUAUAAUAUACGAAAUAAAUGAUAUUUAAUACUGA